CUGCAGUUUACCACUUGUGAACGCUAAAGUUGUCUGCCUCUUUGUCUACACGUUCAGCACCAAAGAGGCAAGCUUUGGAUCAGCUCACACAGCUAAUAUAAAUAUUGUAGGAGCCAAAGCCUACAGCUCUGACUUCAGGUCAGCCGUGCAACUUUUCACCUGAAUAAAGUCGCGUUUUAGUCUGGUGAAAUUUGUAGCUUUGGAGGUCGCCAUGGUUGACAACAUGGACUUGGAGAAGCAGCAAAAGCGUUACUGCAUCCGUGGUAAGCAUGUAGUCAUCAUAUGUGUGACGGUGGUGGUUUGCUGUUUGGCGGUGGGCCUUGGGGUGGGCCUCUCCAGGCCAGCCACCCCCACCCCCACCCCCACAGCAGAGCCUACCCAGCCCCCUCCACCUGAGAGAGGGCCUUGCAUGCCUUCCACUGACUCUAGUGGGGACUGGAGGAAUUUCCGUCUGCCUAGCUAUGUGAACCCAAUCCACUAUGACCUGGCUCUGGAGCCAGACCUGGUCCAGGACACCUACACGGGCACUGUGGACAUCCAUGUGGAAGUCAGCAAGCCCACCCGCCAUCUAUGGCUCCACAUCAGGGAGACGUUUGUCAGCGCCAUGCCCAGGCUGAAGAGGCUGAACAGCCAAGGGGCCCAGACGGAGGUGACGGUGAAAAGCUGUUUUGAAUACAAACUUCAGCAGUAUGUGGUGGUGGAGGCCACAGAGGAGCUGCCUGUCACCGGCCCAGGAGAAGUGUAUGUGCUCAGCCUGGACUUCCAGGGCUGGCUCAACGGCUCCGUGGUGGGAUUCUACAGGGUCAUCUACACCGAGCUGGGGGUCACCAGAAAGAUUGCUGCAACUGAUCAUGAACCAACAGAUGCCCGCAAGUCAUUUCCCUGCUUUGAUGAACCCAACAAGAAGGCCACGUACAAGAUCUCUAUCACUCACGAUGCUACCUAUGAUGCUCUGUCCAACAUGCCGGUGGAGGGUGCCCCUCAACAACUGCCCGGCAAUAAAGUGAAAACCUCCUUCCAGAAGUCUGUUCCAAUGAGCACCUAUUUGGUAUGUUUUGCUGUACACCAGUUUGGUUAUGUGGAAAGAACUUCUGCUCGAGGGAUCCCUUUGAGGAUCUAUGCCCAGAAGAGUCAGUUGGGAACUGCAAAGUAUGCAGCUGACACAACUAAGAUCAUCUUUGAUUACUUUGAGGAGUAUUUCAACAUGACAUACUCCAUCUCAAAACUGGAUAAGAUAGCCAUACCUGACUUUGGUACUGGUGCUAUGGAGAACUGGGGCCUCAUCACCUACAGGGAGACCAACCUGCUGUAUGAUGAGAGCCAGUCUUCCUCCUACAAUAAGCAGCGAGUGGCUAGUGUUAUUGCCCACGAGCUGGUUCACCAGUGGUUUGGGAACAUUGUGACCAUGGACUGGUGGGAUGACCUGUGGCUUAAUGAGGGCUUUGCCAGUUUCUUUGAGUAUGUUGGUGUGGAGAAAGCUGAACCUACCUGGGGCAUGCGAGACAUCAUGAUCAUCAGUGAUGUGCUUCCCGUAAUGGUGGACGACGCCCUCCUCUCCUCUCACCCAAUCAUUGUGAAUGUGUCGACCCCAGCAGAGAUCACCUCUGUGUUUGAUGCCAUCUCAUACAGCAAGGGAGCGUCCAUUCUCAGGAUGCUGGAGGACUGGAUGGGUAAAGAUAUGUUCAGAGAUGGCUGUCGAAAAUAUUUGAAAGACUACUACUUCAAGAAUGCCAAAACAGCCAACUUCUGGACAUCUCUUGCCAGUGUGAGCGGGUUGCCAGUUGCAGAGGUAAUGGACACAUGGACCAAUCAGAUGGGUUAUCCUGUGCUGGACCUGUCUGUUUCAGAGACAAAUGCCAAGCUGAGCCAGGAGCGUUUCCUGCUGGAUCCUAAAGCUGAUGCCAACCAGCCCCCUUCACCUCUUGGGUACAAGUGGACAAUACCAGUGAAAUGGCACUCUGUGAAAAGUGACAAGAAUAUGUUGGCAAUGUUUAACAAGAGCAGCACAGAGCAUGUCAUCAGUAACUACUCGCUCUCAGAGGACGGUCUGCUGAAGGUUAACAACGAUCACAUUGGGUUCUACAGAGUAAACCACGACGACCACAUGUGGAACACUAUCAGUCAGCAGCUUCAGAACAACCACAGGGAGUUUGAUGCAGCUGAUCGUACAAGCUACAUUGAUGACGUUUUUGCUCUUGCAAGGGCAGACAUUAUAGAUUAUGGUAACGCCUUCAAUCUUACAAUGUACCUGACAAAUGAGACUGAUUACAUAGUCUGGGACCGUGUGGCUUCCUCUAUCGCCUAUGUUCGGGACAUGUUGUCAGGCGAUGCUGCACUCUACAAAAGGUUUCAGAAACUCUUUCGUGAUCAUGUUAAAGCAAUCUCAACACAACUUGGAUGGAACGAUGAGGGAACACAGAUACAGAGGUUACUGAGGGAGACUGUGCUCAGUAUUUCCUGUCAGAUGGGAGAUCAGGAGGCUCUGAAUGAAGCCUCCCAUAUCUUUGACCAGUGGAUUAAUGGAAGUCUCAGCAGUGUGGCUGUGAACCUGAGGCUGCUGGUCUAUCGAUAUGGCAUGAAGAACUCAGGCACUGAGGAAAAAUGGAACAUAAUGUUCCAGAGGUACAGAGACACUUCUUUGGCUCAGGAGAAGGACAAGCUGCUGUACGGACUGGCCUCUGUGGAGAACGUCGAACUUCUAUACAAGCUCCUGGAGGCCACUAAGAAUGAGAGUAUAAUUAGGAGUCAGGAUCUGUUCACUGUGGUUCGGUACGUCUCCUACAACCCUCUGGGACAGACCAUUGCCUGGGACUGGACCACACUAAACUGGGACUACCUGGUCAACAGGUACACCAUCAAUGACAGGAACCUCGGUCGUCUGCUCAAUCGAAUCACCACCACCUACAACACAGAGCUGCAGCUAUGGAAGAUGGAACAUUUCUUCCGUCUAACACCUAAUGCUGGUGCCGGGGAGAUGCCGAGGCAGCAGGCACUGGAGACAGUGAGGAACAACAUCGAAUGGAUCAGAAGGAACGAGAACGAGAUCAGAGGGUGGCUGGAGAACAAUGUGGCCUGAAACAGCACUGAUGUAAAAUAGAAAGGUGUCAGCUGCCAGUUUUAAUUUAUCACUGAAGCCUUUUCCUCUCCAGUUUUUAUUAACAAUCAUUUCUAAUCUUGUGCCAAGCACCAGAAGGAUAUUUAUACUGCUGCUUCUCCUGUUUGUACUGAAACCUUAACAAUUUUUGUAAAACUUUAACUUGUAAAGAAAAUCUGAAUUAAAGUGUUUUCAACAAAUCACAGAUUAAAUAUUUGUAUGAUACAUUGUUUUGAACGGAAUUAAAAUGACUUUAAAUCUGA